AUGGAACCUGAAGUGAGCUCCGGGGAUCUCCGGCGGAGGAGUGGAGGCCAUAGCCGGUCCUACGAGUGCAACUUCUGCAAGAGAGGCUUUUCAAACGCCCAAGCUCUUGGUGGGCACAUGAACAUUCAUAGGAAGGAUAGAGCAAAAAUGAAGCUAGAACCUUCAAGUCAUGACCCACUUGGCUUUUGGGUCUCCUAUGAAAUUCCUACUGCCCACUUAUUUUCCUCCAACACCACAAGCUUUGUUGCUCGACAUCCAGGGAUUCUUCCAAAAGGUCAUGGAUAUCAUGUUGCAGACAAGGCAAGCCUUGAUCCUUCUUCGGCUUUCCAAGAGGAGGUGGAGAUGUCGCCGAGGGCGGCGGUGGCAGCGAUGGCGGAGGUGGAUGUCGACCUUGAGCUCCGACUAGGGCCGGAGCCUCCUCCGAAAGACACGUGA